AUGAAGCACCCGUGGUGUCCUAAGAACAUCAACUACAAGUUCGAUGCGUAUAGUCUCCGCAACGUCAAUGCCCAAGGCCCGAGGAGAGAGGACGGCAAAUUCGAAGACAACACAGACUGGCGCUCGAACCCAAUGAACACUAUCGAGUUUCGCGAAGCGGCGGGCUCCCUCGACAUGGAGUGGAUCGCGACUUGGGCGCGGAUCUGCUGCCGGCUGCUCGAGUGGAGCCGGGACGCGGCGUCGGCCGAGUUCAUGUGUGUGAUUCAGCUGCUGGCGUGGGCCCAGGAGGAAGAGGGCGCAGAGUACGAUGUUGUCGACUUUUUGAUCGACCUGGGGCUCUUGAAGGAGGCGCGAUUCUGCGAAGCGAGACUUCAGAAGGGGGGAACAGCGUGGUGGGAGUGUCUGAACCUCGGCAUGCCCGGGCAUGCUAACAGAGACAUAUCCAAGUGGGCAGAGAAUGAGGGCGAAGACGAAGUGCCGUGGUCCCGCAGUGAUGGUAACGCGAGUGCGUACCCUGGGGUUGGCGGUGAAUCGUUCGAGGAGGGCAGAUUCUACGGGAUUGCCGGGGGUGGUUGGGGGAACGAGGGUGAGUAUCAGGGUGCUGAGGGAUGGGAUGAAGACGAAGAAAAGGAGCUGGAGCCGCCCUAUGAUAUGGAAAAGCUGCAGGGUCUUGGUGAGCCGGGCUGCCAUCUUUUUGAGCUGGAUGCUCUGGAGACUCAGAUCACCCAACCGGAUGGCGUCACUCCUAGCGGGGCUGUUGCGGGCGGCGGUGGUGCGGAGCAAGGUCUUAUCAAGGGGCGGGAUGCUGAAUCGGAGCCAGAAUCGGAGUCGGAGUCGGAGUAUGUCCGGGUCGAGAAGGGGUAUCCCAAGAAAAACGUUGUGGACGAGGAGGACGGGUUUGAGAUUGUGGAACCCGAGGAGUAA